AUGAACAUGGGAUUCCUCCUCCUUGCUUACAACCAGAUCUCAAACAACUGUGGCAUGCUUCAUUACACUUCUGGUGGCCAGUUUAAAAUCCCAGUUGUGAUCCGUGGCCCUGGUGGUGUCGGUCGUCAACUUGGUGCAGAGCACUCACAACGUCUGGAAUCGUAUUUCCAGUCGAUCCCAGGCCUGCAGAUGGUUGCCUGCUCAACUCCUUACAACGCUAAAGGCCUAAUGAAAGCUGCCAUCAGGAGUGAGAACCCUGUGGUGCUGUUUGAGCACGCCCUUCUGUACAACUUGAAGGAGAAAUUUCCGGAUGAGGAAUAUGUGCUCUGCUUGGAGGAGGCCGAGAUGCAAAGACUGGUGAACAAAGGGUACGAUCCCGAGGUCAUCGACAUCAGGUUGUUGAAGCCGUUUGAUCUGCACACUAUUGGCAACUCCAUCAAGAAGACCCACCGCGUGCUGAUCGUGGAGGAGUGCAUUCGCACGGGUGGGAUCGGCGCCAGCCUGAGGUCGGCCAUCAUCGACAACUUCUGGGACUACCUUGACACCCCCAUCAUGUGCUUGUCAUCUCAGGACGUGCCUACACCGUAUGCUGCAACUUUGGAGGAUGCAACCGUUGUGCAGCCUGCCCAGAUCGUGGCUGCGGUCGAGCAAAUAUGUCAAUAG